AGACGGGGAAAAAUACUAGUUUCAAAACCAUCAAAUUGCGAAAUUGCCGACUGCGAUUUUUGUCCAUAUAACUAAAAACUUUUGUUUCUCGAGGUUGUUUAUCAAUGUCGACACUGAGGAUACCACUCAAUAGAGAUUUAUUAUCGCCAUCAUGACGCACGACUCUGAAGAACACCUUUUCGAGAGCCAAAGGGACGAUGUUCUAAUGACUGCCUCGGAAAACGAACCUACAAAGGUAGACAAAGAACCAAGAUGCGACGAAGUCGUAGAGAAGAGACGGAUAUGCUGCUGUCGGCUUCCUACAUGGCUCGGAGCGGAGAUGAAGGCUGUUUACAAUCUUUCGUGGACAAUGGCUCUCGUGUUUUUGUUUAACACCAUGCAAGGCCCGAUCACUCUACUGUUCUCAGGUCAUCUUGGCACCAAGCAGCUGGGCGGGGUUGCAUUAGCAACCACGGUGAUCAAGGUGGCCGGAACCACAAUAGGAGCUGGUCUCGCGACAGCAUGUGACACAACCUUCUCCCAGACCUUCGGUAGUGGAAAUAAGAAAUACGUCGGUGUCUACCUGCAAAGAGGAAUCAUGAUAAUAGGCCUGUUUGUCCUGCCGUGCUGGGCUGUUUUCCUCAACACGGAAAGUCUACUGCUGGCGACUGGCCAGGAGUCAGAGAUUGCAAGGAUAGCCGGCCAAUUUACCUUAAUCUACAUGCCAGCUUUACCGAUGAUGUACUUGUACACUGUAUUGGCCAGAUAUAUCAGGAAUCAGGGUAUUUUGAUUCCGUUUCUCGUCAUCGGUAUCUGCGGACUCGUCAUCAACACGCUGUGUCAGUACGUAUUCGUCAUGGCACUCGACUUUGGAACGGACGGUUCUGCUAUCGGUAGAAUAUUUGGAACAUAUACUCUGGCCCUAGGGACGCUAGGUUAUAUCCUCAUUUCCAAAAUAUACAAGGAGACUUGGUCGGGUUUCACAGCGGAUGCGUUCCAGGACUGGGGCAACUUUCUCUCCUUGGCAGUGUUCGGCCUACUCAACAGUUUCCUCAUAUGGCUUGGCUUCGAGGCCGGUACAAUCCUGGCGGGGACACUGGGGGAGAUUCAACUCGGGGCUCAAUCAAUUACAUUCCAGAUAGAGACAAUCACCUUUUGCUUCUCCAUGGGGACUGGUGUUGGUACCAACAUACGAGUUGGACACCUUCUUGGCGCCAACAAUCCAAAACAGGCCAGACGUGCAGUGUUUGGUGGAUACGCUCUUGUCUGUAUUGAGUCAGUGGUCCUGGUGACUUUCCUGCUGAGCCUCAAAGACUACCUUCCAAUGAUAUUUUCUGAUGACCCAGAUGUGAUAAAGACGUCGUCCAAUAUUAUUCCGAUAUUAGCCUUGUUUAACUUCUUCGAUAUGAUAUGUGGUUGUUCGUCUGGUAUACUGCGCGGCUGCGGCAGACAAAGGACCUCCGCGAUGAUAGUAUUCUGUGGGAUGUACUUGGUGGGCCUACCAUUAGGGAUAUCCCUGAUGUUCCUGACCGACCUUGGGACGGCCGGGUUCUGGUGGGGCGUGACCUUAGCGCUGUGUAUUGAAUCUAUUGCUUACUUCACAGCAGUGAUGAAGACUGACUGGGAUAAGGAAGCACAGGAUGCACAAGUUCGAGCGGGCGUGAAACGGAAGCUGGCUGAAGAAAGAGCGAGGGAAUCAGAAACAACAGCGCUACUAAUCGAAGAGAAACAGCAGCUGCCGAAGCAAACCAACAAGAUACCACAACAACGAAAAUACUGCGGGGAAUACGACAGCAGUCAGGUUGAUAUCAGCAUCGCGACCAGGAUAUCAACCCGCCUCUCCACGUCACAACUUGUGUUCAGACGAUCAUUGUUUGUUUUGACCGCCAUCUUGGUCCUCGCGAUCGGGAUAUUCUGUAGAUUUCAUUUUCAUUUUACAAAUGUGACAUCAUUGUGUAUUCCGAGUAAUUUCAAUUCCUCUGGAAUUGUCUCUAAUGUUACAAAUUCGACUGGCACGUGGAUUACAGUUGGUAACGUGACCUUUCCUCUCUGUCGUGUGUGAUUUGGACUUGUCGCUGAUGUGCCUCAACAUGUAGGAGACGAACCUUGUUGUAGUCUUAUUUCGUUUAAUCCUGCAAGAGAGUGCUGCGGAGCAUUUAGUGGGGAUGUGAAAAAAAACAUAGGCCUCCCGCCCUUCCCCAUCUCGUGGACCAAAAACCAGCAUGCGACCAGCUCAAUAGUUCCAGAGACCUUCAGUAUGUCAAAACGGAGCUGAAGAGAAAGAAGAAGAUAUCGGUCUUGUUCGAAGAGGGGAACCUUGAUAAUGACAAUAUCACUGCUUCUCCAGAGUGAAGAUGCAGUUAAGAAAAUAACAUGUUAAAAUUCAUUUGGAAGGUGUAGGAAUAAACUCAUGUUCUGAAAUCAAAUGCAAUAAAAUGUAAAAUAUAGCAAUAGAACGA